ACGCGUAGCGUCGCUGUCAUCAGCGACGAUGUGUGCCACGACUCCGCCCACGCCUGCUGCGCAAUCGGACAGAUAACAGACUGGCUUGAUGACAACGCUCCCGUGCACUCGCAAGUGACUUUUGUAAGCGAUGGAGCAGCGAGCCACUUCAAGAACAAGUAUCAGCUACACGAGUUUAGAAAAUUAGAGUACCCUGCAGCCAAAUGGCUAUUUUCCGCCACUGGGCACGGCAAAAAUGCAUGCGAUGGCGUUGGAGGGCUUGUGAAGCAUCAGGCUACUCUAGAAAACCUGCGACAGCCGGCAAGCAUGGCAAUCCAAAAUGGACAAGACAUGUCAAGAAUACUGUCUCAGCAUCUCAAAGGGGUCAAGCUGCUCUACUUGGAUGAAACUGAACUUGUAGAGUUCCGGAACCGGGAGAAGGAAGAGUGGAGCAAUGUGCGAGCCGUCCGUGGAAUUCAGAAGUGGCACGUAUGGCGAAGUCGCAGAACGAGGCAGAACUCGGAACUAACUGUUUUUCGGACCGCAGAAAGCGCAACGACGAUCACUAUUUCAUAACCGCUGCUUGAACAUGUUGAGUGUCUAUGCAUUUUUAUUUAUUUUACAACAAUGACAGACGACGCAUCAAGAGACAGCCGGAACGAGUGGACAAGCCAAGGUGUCAGCGAUUUAUUAAAACAGUCACAUAAAGAUGUAGUAAAAGCGCUGAUCCUCAAUCCCACCGAGGUGUUAUGUUCAGUU